UUCUACCCUCUUUCAGGCGGCGUAAAUCCAAAGGUAAAGUCCCAAUUCAUCCAAAAAAUUCCCCCAAACCCGCCGCUAAUCCUCCAGAUUCGCUGCAGCACAAAUGUAAUCACACCAUCGAUCGAUUAAUCGCCGGCGAGAACUCCCUGUAAGUAAUGAAACGAUUUCACAAUCCCCCAAAUCGGAAAUGCUCGCCGCCCCUCGCCGCCGUCGCCAUUGCCGCCGUCCUGCUAGUUCUCAUCCUAAUUUUUUCUCAGCCUAAGACCAGCAUCAAUUCCUCCCCGAUUAAUCGGACCUCAGAGCCGCCUGAACCGCCGCGAUUCGCGUAUUUCAUCUCCGGCACGCGCGGCGACGGCCGGCGGUUGAAGCGGCUGCUCCAGGCGCUGUACCACCCGCGAAAUUACUAUUUAGUCCAUCUGGAUUUGGAAGCCUCCGAAUCAGAGAGGAUUGAGCUCGCGAAGUACGCCAAAUCGGAGGCGGUUAUGCGUGCGUUCAGGAAUGUGAUGGUGGUUGGGAAGGGCAAUAUCGUCAUUUCAAAGGGCCCGACGGUUAUGGCGUCCACACUCCACGCAGUCGCCAUUCUUCUCAAGCAAGCCAGGCGGUGGGACUGGUUCGUGAACCUCGGAGCUUCGGAUUAUCCUCUCAUGCCGCAGGACGAUAUCCUGCACGUCUUCUCCUACUUGCCUAGGGACUUAAAUUUCAUCGAACACAGCAGUGACUUUGGGUGGAAGGAGCAUCAAAGAGCUAGGCCUAUUAUAAUCGACCCUGGAUUGUAUCACUCGAAGAAAUCGGGUGUGUUUUGGGCAAAAGAGAAGCGAUCGUUGCCGGCUUCAUUCAAAUUAUUCACAGGAUCCGAGUGGGUGGUUCUUUCAAGACCGUUUCUCGAGUUCUGCAUCUGGGGUUGGGACAAUCUCCCGCGCACACUCCUAAUGUACUACACAAACUUCCUGUCGUCGUCGGAGGGCUACUUCCACACGGUGGCGUGCAACCACAAAGAUUUUCAGAACACGACGGUGAACAAAGACCUUCGAUACAUGGAGUGGGACGAUCCUCCCAAGGAGCAGCCGACGAACCUGACCACGGCGCAUUUCGACAGCAUGGCUCGGAGCGGCGCGCCCUUCGCGCACAAAAUCCCCGAGGACGAUUCUGUGCUUGAUAGGAUCGACCGGGAGCUACUGAAACGAAGGGACGGGGAAAUUGCGCCGGGCGGGUGGUGUUUGGGGUCGAAAAACGACGAUCGUCGGUGCCGGGUUUAUGGGAGUGCCGAUGAUAUUAGGCCGACGGGAUUGUGUUCGAAGAGGUUGGAGAAACUUGUUGUGCAGCUUCUCGAUCCUCAGAGUUUUCGAUCUAGACAAUGUAAGUAACAUUGCGAUAGCUUCGUUAAUUUGUUCGAAAAAGCUUCUUUUUUAUUUUAUAUUUAUUUUUAACCAAAGAAAAAGAAUGUAGCUUUGUAUUGGUAUGUGAUGAGGUAUUGUUGUAUGUAUAUAAGUGUUUUACGUGAAAUAGGAAGUUUUUUAUUUAUUUAUUUUUUAUUUGUAACUUGAGGUAUGUCUUGUUGUAAUGAGAUUUUGUGUGAUUUAAAUUGAAUUGUAAUGUAAAUUUAAAACAUAUUUU